CAUCAAUGGAGCAGCCGCGGCUCCCCUUCUCAUUCAUGGAUUAGAAAACGGACAGGUUUAUACUGUGGGCUGAAGACUGACCAUGGGUUGGCUCCUGCACGGCCUCAUUCUACUGACUCUGUCACAUUUAGUCCAGUGUGAGCCGAAGAGAAGGAAAGGACCACGGGAUGAUAACCGUGUGCUGCUACAUGAUGCCAAAGUCCUGGUGUGCCCGCUCGAGGUCCUCUUCAUGGUGGACAGCUCAGAGACAGCCAAAGGUCCUCUGUUUGAGCGUCAGAAGGAGUUUGUCUCCAGCCUGAGCUAUGGACUGGUCCAGCUCCACUCUGCGGGCUGGAGGAUGCGGGUCCGCCUGGCCGUGCUCCAGUACAGCAGCUCAGUGUCUUUGGAGCACAACUUCAGGGACUGGCAGGACAUAGACGUGUUCCAGAGCAGGCUUGCCUCCAUGAAGUUCAUCGGACACGGCUCCUAUUCAGCCUAUGCUAUUGCCAACGCCACCAAGGUGUUUGUGCGUGAGACGUCCCCCAGCAGUCUGAGGGUGGCAGUACUGAUGACUGAUGGCACAGACCACCCGCGCAGCCCCAGUGCUGUAUCUGCUGCAGCAGAGGCCAAGCAGCACAACAUCCGUGUGUUCACUGUCCACCUGUCCUCUCUGCCCCGGGAUGGGCCCAUGGGCACCAGGCUACGCUCCAUCGCUAGUGCCCCCCCACAGCAGCAUGUGCUCAGCCUCAUGGACAGCCAGCUAGGGGACAGGCUGCUCACAGAAAUGAAUUCGAUAUUAAAAACUGGGUGUCCACAGCCCAAGUCUUGUCUGUGUGACAGGGGCGAGAGGGGGCAUCCUGGAAGCCCAGGAAAACCAGGCGAGCCCGGAUCAGAUGGCCCUCCAGGUCCAAAGGGCUCUCGCGGGGAGCCCGGUAUUAACGGAAGACCUGGAAUGGAGGGUCUUGAGGGUCGGCCAGGCAGCAAAGGAGAAAAGGGUGAACGAGGCGACUGUGGUGCCCCUGGUAAAAAAGGACAACAGGGAACAGUUGGAGCGCCAGGUCCUGCAGGCCCUAAAGGAGAUAAGGGGUCCAAGGGAGCCCCUGGAGACCAGGGCCCAGAGGGGCCAGUAGGAUUCAAGGGAGAGCGAGGGGUAAGAGGAGUGCCCGGCCCUUCAGGAGACAAUGGUGUGGGUUACCCUGGUCCAAAGGGUGACAAAGGACACCAGGGCAGAGCGGGGCCGCAGGGUCCAAUGGCAAUAGGAGAGCCCGGCACUCCUGGGCCAGCAGGUCCUCCAGGCAUGCAAGGAUCUCCAGGUUUUCCCGGUGAAGGCCUGCCUGGACCAAAGGGCGACAGGGGCUAUGAGGGCCCCAAGGGCAUCCGCGGACCUCCUGGAAUUGGCUCUAAAGGUGAAAAGGGAAACAGUGGAGUCCCAGGAUUACCAGGUUUGAUGGGCUUUCCUGGGGCAGGUAUACAGGGAGACAAGGGGGACCAAGGACCUAUUGGGCCCUCUGGUCCUAGAGGCCCUCCUGGACUUGGCAUUAUUGGUCCAAAGGGAGACCAAGGCUUUCCUGGUGAGCCAGGGCCUCAGGGAGAGCGAGGAGUGGGUGAACCUGGGCCAAAGGGAGAAGCAGGGCCAGAGGGGGCAGCUGGGAUCCCAGGGAUUCCUGGAGAGGACGGAGCAGUUGGAGCCAAGGGAGAGAUGGGCGUACCAGGGGCCCGAGGAGCUGAGGGAGCACCUGGAAAAGGAAUACCUGGAGAAAAGGGCGAUCAGGGGGACCGAGGAGCCAGAGGACUGCCAGGACCCCCCGGGCCAGUGGGACCUGCAGGGGCCAAGGGAGAACCUGGGAGCCAGGGGAUGGUGGGACUAUCUGGGGCUCCGGGCCGUGGGGUCCCAGGACCAAAGGGAGACCCAGGAACAGUGGGACCAGCAGGACCUGUCGGAGAGCCUGGAGUUGGAAUCAUGGGACCAAAGGGAAACAAAGGCAGCCCUGGGCCUAUGGGGCUUACUGGUGAGAAGGGUGAAGGUCUGCCUGGAGCGCCGGGGCUCCCUGGCCUACCUGGCGUACAAGGAGACAUGGGCCCAGAGGGGAGAGGGCUGCCUGGAUCUAAGGGGGACAGAGGGUUACCAGGGGUUCCGGGGCCAAUUGGUCCACCUGGGAUUGGUCUUUUUGGACCAAAGGGCUCCCCUGGGCAGCCCGGGCCUCCAGGGGUGCCUGGGCCUCCAGGAGAAGGGAUCCAGGGCCCUAAGGGGGAGCCAGGUUUUCAGGGGCCAGUGGGUCCACGGGGCCAACCAGGGGAUGGACUUCCAGGAGAGAAGGGGGACAGAGGUGUUUCUGGAGAGCGGGGAAAGAAAGGAGACAAGGGAGACCAUGGAGAGCCUGGAUCUUCUGGAGCAAUGGGCAGAGCAGGGCAAAAGGGAGAGCCAGGACUGUCAACAGAAGAGGUUAUGCAGAUAAUAAGAGAGAUAUGUGGCUGUGGUGUGCGGUGUAGAGAGUACCCCCUGGAGCUGGUGUUUAUCAUUGACAGCUCUGAAAGUGUAGGUCCAGAGAACUUUGAGCUGGUCAAAGACUUUAUGGUGUCCCUCAUGGAGCGCCUGAGCAUCAGCAGACAGGGCGCCCAUGUGGGCCUGCUGCUCUACAGCCACAUCAACAUGGUGAUCAAGAGUCUGCAGCAGCAGGCUGACCAGGAGCAUCUCAGAGCGCUGGUUCGCAGGAUGCCUUACCUAGGAGAGGGCACAUUCACGGGCAGUGCCAUUCAUGGAGCCACCCGACUGUUUGAAGAGGCGCGACCCGGUGUCAGGAGGGUGGCUGUGCUGCUGACUGACGGACAGGCUGACCCCAGGGACGCCAUGCAGUUUGAGGAGACGGCCACACGAGCACACGAGGCGGGAAUAGAGAUAUUUGUGAUUGGGAUGCUGAACCACACAGAUCCCCUGUAUGCAGAGUUUGAGGCUGAGAUGAGCACCAUUGCUUCAGAGCCAGCCCACCAGCACAUCUAUCUGAUUGAUGACUACAGGACUCUGCCCACACUAGAGACCAAAUUACUGAACCGGAUCUGUGAAAAUAGAGUGGCUUUCCUACCAGACAGCAUCUUCUCAUCAUUGCCUCCACAAACUCCAGCCCCCACAGAGAGGUCACCUGAGGACAAGAAUAUACCAGUUGAACUACCUACAAAGGCGGUGACCCAGAGUCCUAAAGAGGAUCAGCGCCCGCCCACCCCAUCCCUCACAGAUCCAGGAGGGGGUAGGCAGAGGCCGCGCCAGGACGUCACCUUAGCCCCCAGCACAGAGCAGGGUGGGACAGAGAGCACACUAGCCCCUGUGAGAGAACCAGUCCCUCCAGCCAUUGUGACCUCUCUGCCAGAUGCAGGCUGUGGACAGUCUCUGGACCCAGGCCCCUGUAGGCAGUACGUGGUGCGCUGGUACUAUGACCCUGAGGCUAACUCAUGUGCUCAGUUCUGGUUUGGUGGCUGCCAAGGAAACGCAAACAACUUUGAGUCCGAAUCUUGGUGCAGGAAAUCCUGUGUGUCUACGUAACAGUGUUUGU